GCCACCUUGAAAAUGAACAAGAAAAGCAGAGAGUGAACCUGGAUGAAGAUUUUUUUGCAAAGAGGGUGAUAAGGGAGAACUUGGAGAAGGUGGGAAUCUGUACGCUUCAGCCACCAUGUCUGGAAUUGGCAAUAAACGGACGGCUGGAGAGCCUGGCCCUUCUGCACCUCCAGAAAAGAAGGCAGGGGUUGAAGAUUCGGGCACUACUGUGGAGACCAUUAAACUUGGUGGUGUUUCUUCAACGGAGGAGCUGGACAUCCGGACCCUGCAGACCAAGAACCGGAAGCUCGCGGAGAUGCUUGACCAGCGCCAGGCCAUCGAAGAUGAGCUGCGGGAGCACAUUGAGAAGCUGGAGCGUCGGCAGGCCACUGACGAUGCCUCUCUGCUGAUCAUCAACCGCUACUGGAAUCAGUUUGAUGAAAAUAUCCGCAUCAUCCUUAAACGCUUCGACCUGGACCAAGGUCUUGGAGACCUGUUGUCUGAAAGAAAAGCACUGGUGGUGCCAGAACCUGAACCAGACUCUGACAGUAACCAGGAGCGCAAAGAUGAGAGGGAACGAGGGGAAGGACUGGAGCCAGCAUUCUCCUUCCUGGCCACUCUAGCUAGCAGUACCAGUGAGGAGAUAGAAUCUCAGCUGCAGGAGCGUGUGGAGUCCUCCCGCCGUGCUGUUGCCCAGAUUGUGACAAUGUAUGACAAGCUGCAGGAGAAGGUGGAUGUGCUGUCUCACAAGCUGAGUAGUGGAGAUAUUUCACUGAUGGAAGAAGCAGUAGUGGAGCUGAAUACCUACCUGUCACAUGAGAAUGGACGGCUGCAGGAACUGGCUGAUGUUCUUCAGGAGAAGCACAGAGUCAUGUCUCAGGAGUUCUCCAAGCUGCAAGAGAGGGUGGAGACAGCAGAAUCCCGAGUGUCUGUCCUGGAGACCAUGAUUGACGACCUUCAGUGGGACAUUGACAAGAUCCGCAAGAGGGAGCAGAGGCUCAACCGCCACCUGGCUGACGUCCUGGAACGAGUAAAUUCUAAAGGCUACAAGGUGUAUGGAGCUGGGAGCAGCCUCUAUGGGGGAACAAUCACCAUUAAUGCCCGCAAGUUUGAGGAGAUGAAUGCAGAGCUGGAAGAGAAUAAAGAGCUUGCUGGGAAUCGCCUUAAUGAACUGGAGGAACUACGUCAGGAUCUUGAGGAAGUAACAACACAGAAUGAAAAGCUCAAGGCCAUGGAUGCAGCCCAGCUUGCAGAUGAUCUGAAGGCCCAGCUAGAGCUGGCUCAGAAGAAGUUACAUGAUUUUCAGGAGGAGAUUGUGGAAAACAGAGUAACUAGAGAGAAGGAGAUGUUCAACUUCAAAAGGGCUGAGGAAGAUAUUUCUAGGUUGUGCAGGAAGCUGGAGACCACAAAGAAGCCUGACAUGGUUCCCAACUGUGAUGAGAUCCUGAUGGAGGAAAUCAAGGAUUACAAGGCCCGCUUGACGUGCCCGUGCUGCAACAUGCGCAAGAAGGACGCAGUGCUCACCAAGUGCUUCCACGUCUUCUGCUUCGAGUGUGUGAAGACGCGCUACGACACGCGGCAGCGCAAGUGCCCCAAGUGCAAUGCAGCCUUCGGGGCCAACGACUUCCACAGGAUCUACAUUGGCUGAGGCCCUCUCAGAGCCCCUGCUGGUGCUGAGCCAGCCUCCUUCCCUCCCUCUCAGCUGCUGCUGCCUGAGCUGCAGUGUCUUCUGGGAGGAGCCUUCAGGCUCUCAAAAGAAACACACUCUGGAUCUUGCUUCCUUUCUUGGCCCUGUCCCUUUGGUCUUGCCCUCAGUUUUUGUGUGCUCUUUGUGCCUGAGAGGAAAUGUCUCAUCCCUUGCUUUCACACUGCCAAGGUGGGAACAUGCAGCUGAAGUGCUGCCUUGGUGGGAUGGAAGCUGAGCUGCCGCAGAGAUUAGUGAGAGCUUUAUUUGAGGGCUCUGCUUUGGAUGCUAAUUAAGUCCCAUCAAGGAAUGGCACUGCUCCUGGGAGGGAAGAGUUUCCCAAUUAACAGGCCCAAUAGAGACCAAGGAAAUUAAUCUGUAGACUCAGUGGAGCAAUUCCUUAGGUACCUGUGCACCUUCCUGAGUCAGGUGCACCAGGAAACCCUACCCCAAACAAACACAUCUAAAUAUCCCCAAGAGGAGAGAGAUCUUGGAGACCCUUAGAAAAUAGCAUUCCACUGAUGAGCCCUGAUUGAUGUCCUCACCUUCCCCUAGGCUGAAGCAUUGCUGUCAUUGUCCUUCUCAGGAAAGGACUUUUAGUGGUUCCUUUGCUGCAGCUUUACCACAAAGAUUAACCUUGUUAUAUACAAAUUCUUAUUAAAGCUGUUCUUUGGUUUA